GCCGCUGCAGCUCACCUGCCCGCGGGGGCGGGGCGGGGCGCGGCGCUGGGGCGCGCCUGCCUCCCUCCUCCCGCCUCCCGCCCCGAGAGGAAGCGGAGGGGCGCGGUGUAAACAGAGCGGCGGCCGUGAUGUCAGCCGGUCACAUGGAGCCUCUUAUGGCUCGGGAUGGCUCUCGGCGGGCGGGCAGCUGCGGCAGCUGCUGCUGUGGCUCGGGCGGCUGCGGCGCGGCGGCGGCAGAGGGGGCUCCGGGGUCGGACAAUCCGCUCUCCCUGCGCUCUCCGCACCGCGGCUUAAAUGAUGUAUUUUGUGAUCGCAGCGAUGAAAGCUCAAAUUGAAAUUAUUCCAUGCAAGAUCUGUGGAGACAAAUCAUCAGGAAUCCAUUAUGGUGUCAUUACGUGUGAAGGCUGCAAGGGCUUUUUCAGGAGAAGUCAGCAAAGCAAUGCCACCUACUCCUGUCCUCGUCAGAAGAACUGUUUGAUUGAUCGAACCAGUAGAAACCGCUGCCAACACUGUCGAUUGCAGAAAUGCCUUGCCGUAGGGAUGUCUCGAGACGCUGUAAAAUUUGGUCGAAUGUCGAAAAAGCAGAGAGACAGCUUAUAUGCAGAAGUGCAGAAACACCGGAUGCAGCAGCAGCAGCGCGACCACCAGCAGCAGCCUGGAGAGGCUGAGCCGCUGACACCCACCUACAACAUCUCGGCCAACGGGCUGACAGAGCUUCACGAGGACCUCAGUACCUACAUCGAUGGGCACACCCCCGAGGGCAGCAAGGCCGACUCUGCUGUCAGCAGCUUCUACCUGGACAUACAGCCCUCCCCAGACCAGUCAGGGCUUGAUAUCAAUGGAAUCAAACCAGAACCCAUAUGUGACUACACACCAGCAUCUGGCUUUUUUCCCUACUGUUCGUUCACCAAUGGAGAGACUUCCCCAACGGUGUCCAUGGCAGAACUAGAACACCUUGCACAGAAUAUAUCUAAAUCACAUCUGGAAACCUGCCAAUACUUGAGAGAAGAGCUCCAGCAGAUAACGUGGCAGACCUUUCUGCAGGAAGAGAUUGAGAACUAUCAAAACAAGCAGCGGGAGGUGAUGUGGCAAUUGUGUGCCAUCAAAAUCACAGAAGCUAUACAGUAUGUGGUGGAGUUUGCCAAACGCAUUGAUGGAUUUAUGGAGCUGUGUCAAAACGAUCAAAUUGUGCUUCUAAAAGCAGGUUCUCUAGAAGUGGUGUUCAUCAGGAUGUGCCGUGCCUUUGACUCUCAGAACAACACCGUGUACUUUGAUGGGAAGUAUGCCAGCCCCGAUGUCUUCAAAUCCUUAGGCUGUGAAGACUUUAUUAGCUUUGUGUUUGAAUUUGGAAAGAGUUUAUGUUCUAUGCACCUGACUGAAGAUGAAAUUGCAUUAUUUUCUGCGUUUGUACUGAUGUCGGCAGAUCGCUCAUGGCUACAGGAAAAGGUAAAAAUUGAAAAACUGCAACAGAAAAUUCAGCUAGCUCUUCAACACGUUCUACAGAAGAAUCACCGAGAAGAUGGAAUACUAACAAAGUUAAUAUGCAAGGUGUCUACAUUAAGAGCCUUAUGUGGACGACAUACGGAAAAGCUAAUGGCAUUUAAAGCAAUAUACCCAGACAUUGUGCGACUUCAUUUUCCUCCAUUAUACAAGGAGUUGUUCACUUCAGAAUUUGAGCCAGCAAUGCAAAUUGAUGGGUAAAUGUAUCACCUAAGCACUUCUAGAAUGUCUGAAGUACAAACAUGAAAAAGAAAACAAAACAAAACAAAAAAAAUUAACCAAGACACUUUCUAUGGCCCUGCACAGCCCUGGAGCGCCAACACACUGCACAUCUUUUGGUGAUCGGGGUCAGGCAAAGGAGGGGAGACAAUGAAAACAAAUAAAAGUUGAACUUGUUUUUCUCAUGCA